AGCUUUUACGUCCUGUUUUGCGGCAAGCGCUGACGUAAGACGUAAACAGACAUAGCCAAGCUUAGUGAAAUCUUUCAAAAAUGUGUUCAAAGUGGGCCUUAACUUGAGGAAACAGGUUCUGGUUCGUUGCUAUUAAUAUUAUUAAAGUUUUAUUAAAAGUUGCGGUUCAAUAGUAAAAGGUUUUUCAGCUGCUUUUCCACGGAAACUAAAGAGAAACGUUUCAGUAUCGAUGGAGCAGAAACUAGCAGAGUUCCGAGCCAGACGAGAGGCUGAAAAGGCGGUUAAAAGAUGUGAAGGUGGUGGUCCACAGCUUACGGAACAGACAGCAGCGGAUAUAGCGGUUCAGUCUAACAACAGCCAACAACCAGAGAGAACAAAAAACACCCAAACUGCCUCUGCCAGCUCCCAAAACAGGGAAACUAACGACUGGUUGCUGGACAGCACUCUAGGAAGAUGGCUGGCUUCGAGACAACUUGUCAUCUCAAACCUUAUUUUGCUCAAAGUGCUGUUAUGGCUGAUUCUUCUGGGUCUGUUUGUUGAGCUGGAGUUUGGCUUGGCUUUCUUUGUCAUCUCCCUGUUUUACUGGCUGUAUGAAGGACUGCGCAGCCCAGCGCCGCGACAGCCUGGAGAAAUGAGCGCCUACUCUGUGUUCAACCCAGACUGUCAGCCUCUCCUGGGCUCCCUCACCGCUGAACAGCUGGAGGGAGAGAUGGGUUACAGACCUCUGGCCAACAGAUGAACCAGUCAACAUUUGUACUGUUAUGGAGAAUAAUUUAAAAUCUUUGAAAUUUGAAAACUUUAUUGAUUUAGCUGUGAUUUUUGGUGGUUUAGAUUGUAUUUCAAUAAAAUAAUGCUGGCAA